UUUCAGACACACGCACACACACACCCCAGUCCUCUCAACCUUCAGAUCAGUACAUCCCACUAUGCUUUGCGAUGGUCUGACAAGUGGAUCCAAGAUGGCGUAGAAAGUAAAGCUAGACGUUUUGUCCCUGAGUCAUGGCAGACAGGAGAGCGGAGAAAUCAUGUGAAGAAGCCAGCAGAUCGUUAGCCAGGCGAGAGUACGAGGCGGCAGUCAGCCACAGCACGGACGCCCUGGUGGUCCUUGCACCCCAAGCCCCAUCUUCCAGUGUCCCUGUCCCGCCGAGCCCUCCAUCCCUUGUCGCCGCCAACGGACCGCUCCGCAGCCGUGUCCUGCUCUACCGGAUUGCUGCCUUCCUGCAGCUGAAAAACUAUGAUGAAGCAGAUGAAGACUGCAAACAUGUCCUGGCAGAAGAGAUUUCCAGGGGAGACGGUUCGCUACAGGCCAGUGUGCGCUCUAUGCUGUUGGAUGGCAGCCUGCAGGAGGUGGUCAGCAUCCUCUCUAAAGCCUUGUAUGGAGAGCCAAUGAAUGGCAUUGUCACAAAAGACCUGACCAGAUUAAAAAUGCUCUUUUCAGAAAUAGAGGCUAUAAAUAGGGAGAUGGCACCAGAAUACACAGAUGACCAGGAGGAAGAGGUCCAGGAUGGCUGGCAGUUCCGGCCUCCUCCCAGAGGAGUCACCAGCAGCGAGGAGUACACCCUCUGUAAACGGUACUUGGAGCAGGGUCUGUGUCGGUACGGGGCCCAGUGUACGUCAGCCCACUCGCAGGAGGAGCUGAUGGAGUGGCAGAAACGCUAUGCGUCACGCCUCAUCCGCCUCAAACAGCAGCAGGAGAGCAAACACUUCACCGAGAACUACAUGGAGACCCUGAUAGAGAAGUGGAUGAACUCCCUCUCCCCAGAGAAAGUGCUAAGUGACUAUUUAGAUGGAGUGAAUGUAGAAACCAGUUCGAGCCUCUCUGUUACUGUCACCACCAAAAAGUCCUCUCACUCUUGGACCUUCUCCUUGUUGUGCAAGCCGGCUAGAAAGCUGUACCGCAUCGCCCUGCUCUAUGAUGCCCACCGUCCACACUUCUUCAUCACCGGUGUGUCAGCUGGAGAGCGGCUACAAGCCGUCCCCAAAAGCUGCCAAGAGUGGACUCCAGGAGAGGAAACAGCAGUGGCAGCAGACAAUGGCCUGGACCACUGUGUCUACCAGGUAGCUGUGGGCUUCAGCACAGAAAUCUUUGGUACCUUCCGACAAACCGUUGUUUUUGACUUCGGCUCAGAGCCUGUGCUGAUGCAGAGGAUCAUGGUGGAUGCUGCCUCUAUUGAAGACCUAGAACACCUAAUGGCGGCCAGGCAGCAGCUCUUGAUGACUGCAAAGCGCUGGGAUCCUUCUUGUAAGACCAUCGUAGAAUUCAUUCCUAAUGAAACGAUGGCUGAGCUGGAACGCAGCCUCCUCUCCCGCUAUCAGAUCCCUCUGUCGGCCGACCAGCUCUUCACCCAGUCAGUCCUGGAUAAGACUCUGACCAAAGACAACUACCAGGCCCGACUGCAUGACCUGCUCUACAUUGAAGAGAUUGCACAAUAUAAGGAAGUUAGCAAGUUUAACAUCAAAGUUAACCUGCAGCUUGUCACCAGCUUUAUGCUGACCGGCAUUUCUGUUGGAGCCAAGUAUGCCCAGAAUGGACAGCUCUUUGCACGCUUCAAACUUACUGAAACACUUUCUGAGGACACAUUGGCUGGGCGGCUAGUGAUGACCAAGGUGAAUUCAGUCCUGCUGCUGCCAUUGAACCGUGAGGGGGUCAGCAGCCAGCCUCCUCCUGGGGUGAAAGAGCGUGUUUACGAGGCUGUGAUUGAGGAGAAGACCAAGGACUACAUCUUCCUAAGGAUCUGCAAGGACUGCUGUCUUGAGCUGGGGCUACAGCCUGACAGAGAAAUACAGGUGGAGCUCCAGUUCCAGCUUAACAGACUGCCACUGUGUGAGAUGCACUAUGCCCUUGAUCGCAUCAAAGAUAAUACCAUCCUUUUCCCUGACAUUGGCCUUGUACCCACCAUCCCCUGGAGCCCAAACAGGUGUGUAUUCCACCUUCACACAUACAUUGAACGGUUGAAGGCUGAUUCAGAAAUGUGUUUUACGUUAAAGUGUGUCGGCAUUAAGGGCACAGUCCUCAAAUGGUUCAAAUCAUAUCUGGCGGAUAGAAGUUUCUCUGUUCACCUCGGGUUGUUCUCUCAUAUCCUAUUGGAUGAAGCGGCCCAGGCUAUGGAGUGUGAAACCAUCAUGCCUUUUGCUCUAGCUAGCAAGACCACCCGCAUCGUGCUGGCUGGAGACCAUAUGCAGCUCAGUCCAUUUGUGUACAGCGAGUUUGCGCGGGAGCGUAACCUUCAUGUGUCACUGCUGGACCGGCUGUAUGAGCACUACCCUCCUGAAUACCCCUGUCGCAUCCUCCUGUGCGAGAACUACCGCUCCCAUGAAGCUAUCAUCAACUACACUUCAGAAUUAUUUUAUGAUGGGAAGUUAAUGGCAAGUGGGAAGCAGCCCUCCCACAAGGACUUCUACCCUCUGACCUUCUUUACAGCCAGAGGAGAAGAUGUCCAGGAGAAGAACAGCACUGCCUACUACAACAACGCUGAGGUAUUUGAGAUCGUAGAGCGAGUGGAGGAGUUGCGCAAGAAGUGGCCAGUGGCCUGGGGCAAGCUGGACGACGGCAGCAUUGGAGUAGUGUCACCAUACGCUGACCAAGUAUUCCGCAUUCGCGCUGAGCUCCGAAAGAAGAGAAUGCAUGAGGUCAGCGUGGAGAGAGUGCUCAAUGUCCAAGGUAAACAGUUCCGGGUGCUGUUCCUCAGCACCGUUCGGACGCGGCAUACCUGCAAGCACAAGCAGACGGCCAUCAAACGUAAAGAGCAGCUAGUUGAGGACUCAACAGAGGACCUUGACUAUGGAUUCCUCUCCAACUACAAGCUACUCAAUACGGCCAUCACCAGAGCCCAGUCCCUGGUUGCAGUUGUGGGAGACCCCAUAGCACUGUGCUCUGUUGGGCGCUGCAGAAAAUUCUGGGAGCACUUUGUCUCCAUCUGCCACGAGAACUCGAGCCUACAUGGCAUCACCUUUGAGCAGAUCAAGGCUCAGCUGGAGGCCCUAGAGCUGAAGAAGACCUACGUCCUGAACCCAUUGGCCCCAGAGUUCAUCCCUCGUGCUCUCAGACCCAUGCAAGGGCACCACUCUUCUUCGCAGGCCCUCCAUCCCCACCAUCAUCCACAUCCCCAACACGCACAGCCCGCCUCCAACAAGCAGGGUCCGCAGCAGCAACAGCAGCUGUCACCCCCUAAAGGGAAACAUGCAAACCACACAGAGCACCUUCCACCUGACGGAUAUGUCCAACCCAACCCAGCCGUAUUGAUGGGAAACCCUAUUCGGGCAUUCACGCCACCCUUGGGUGGCACACCAGCUGGGAUGGGCAAGUCACCAAGUCCUGUUCAGAGGAUAGAUCCCCAUACGGGCGCCAGCAUCCUCUACGUUCCAGCCGUGUAUGGUGGAAACAUGGUCAUGUCCAUGCCCCUGCCAUUGCCUUGGACAAGUUACCAGAAUCGCUUUGCUGUUGACCCUCGCAUCAUGAGCCACCCGGCAGCCAUGGCCUACAACUUCAAUCUGUUGCAGGCCCAGAAUCGAGGCUCCCCCAUCCCUUACAGUGGGGUGACCCAUCCCUCUCCUCUAGGAAUGGGCCAGCCCAGCCCUGACAAGGAGCUACAGGCUGACCCCAUCAGAAAUGGUAAAUUAGAGGGAUGUCCAAAGUCCGAACAGAGCCGUCUUCAGACACCAGAAAGGAAAACUGCAGACAUGAAGGAAAAACAGGGAGAGUUGGACACAGGCCAAAGUCGAAGUCUAGACUCACAGUCAGACGGGCUAGUUGGAUUUCCCAAUGCGCUGCUCCAUCGAAAAGAUCCCUCAGCUGCUCAAAGAUCCCUCAACUACCACCUGGCACCACCCAACCCAGCUUUUCCUCCACAUCCGGCCAGUGGUAGAGCCUUCCCCCCACAGUACCCGGUCUCGAGGCUUCCUUAUCGGGUCAGCCAGCCUCAACACCCUGGGAUGGCCCAACAGAGUCAGCAGCAGCAGCCACAGCUCAGCCCUGCCUACGCUGGUGGUAGCCACAACGCCUCCUUCUUCAGUGGCCCCAUACCCCCUCACAGGGCUGUCCAGUCUCCCACUUUGGAUGGGCCAGAGUCUGGAGGGGUGGAGGAGAUGAGUAGUUCCAUUAGGACUCCAAUGGCCCACCCAGGAGGCCACCACCCAGGCCUGUCGCAGCAUAACAGGGUCAACAGCUUUGGGGAAGAUGGACAAGAUGGAAGCCUGGGAGAUAGUCUGGACAUCCAGGGUCCCUUGGCUCUAGAGGCCCUGAGCCAGCAGCAGCAGCAGGCAGCCAGGCUGGGCCAGUGGGGGGAGGCAGCAGGCCCUUUUCUCCAGGGAAGCGUCGCUUUCCCUCUGCCCCAACAGCUCGCCCACCUUGCUCAGCCCGGCAUGGCUCGCUUCCCCCAUCAGCUGCUCCGGGCAACUAGUUGGGGCCUUAGUGCCAAUAUGGAGGAUGAAGCUGUUACUUCUGCUCCCCCUGGGCCAACUUUCACCAGGUACCCGGGCCUCUUGAGAGAGAUGCCCCCACAGGAACAGCCUGAACCCAGGGAAGCAGCUGAGAUGCAACCCCCUCCUCAAUCUCGUCUCCUCCAGUACCGCCAGUCCCAGUCCCGUGCCUCUGGUGACCCUUCAUCCUCUUUAGCUCUCCCCAAUCACGCUGGCCCAUUCCCAUCAGGACCCUACUCCCAUGACACCGGCCGCGAUCUCCUUAAUGACAACCUUCUCAACAACCCAGCUCUACAGCAGCAGCAGCACCCAGGAAACCCACUGUAUAAUACUGGUGGCUACCCACAUCAGCCACAAUCCCAUUCUGCCAGCCCCCCUCCCUCCCAGGUGAAAUACCUUCUGCAAGAGGCCCAGUGGUCUCAUGCUGGAGCUGCAUCGGUGAGCCCACCACAGCAGAACCACCUGCUAGGCAACCAGGGCCACGGCCUUCCUUAUGGACUGCCAAUCAUGGCUCACCCCAGCAGGCAAGAGCAAGUCCACCUGAUGCAACUUCACCAUCAGCACCAGCAGCAGCAGCAGCAACAGCAGCAGCAGCAACAACAACAACAACAGCAGCAGCAACACCACCAACAAAGUCAAGGUCCAGACCAGGAGUCCUACCACCCUCUGUCGCCCAGAACAUCAGCAGCCACAGCCCUUCACAAUGUAGAUGAGUAUGAACCCAGAGGUCCAGGCCGGCCCCUCUAUCAGCGGCGCAUUUCCUCCAGCUACCCAGAUGAAUCGUCUACAGCCAACACCCACAAUGCCCUGUCCCAGCCCUGUCCGUCAGACCCCCAGGACCACCCUCAUCCGCACAUACAGCAUCAUCAGCACCCACACGCCCCCUACGGUUACCCCUCUGGCCAUGACCUCUGGCCCAGUAAUGGUGGGGGACCCGGUCCGUUCCAGAACAUUCCAUGUAACGGAGCCGGCACACUCGCACAGCACCGGGACCUUCUGGCUUCCAAGGCCCUUCGUCAGACAGAGGAGCAGGGGAAGGCAGAGGCACCAGCAGCGCAGCAGACACACCCACACUCACUCAACUCCCUUCAGCACCUUGGACAGUUUCCUCCUCUCAUGCCCAAUAACAAGCAGCAGCAGCAGCAGCAACAGCAGCAGCAGCAGCAGCAGCAGCAGCAGCAGCAGCAACAGCAGCAGCAGCAGCAGCAGCAACAGCAGCAGCAGCAGCAGCAGCAGCAGCAGCCGCCGCCGCCGCCGCCGCCACAGGCACAGGCACCCACAGAGGCCAGCCAGGGCGCUCCAAAUUUAAGCAAACCACCCACCAUGUCCUAUGCCAGUGCCCUCCGCGCUCCACCCAAACCCCGAGCUGUUCGCCCUGAACAAGUCAAAAAGAACAGCGACCCUCUCUCCCUCCUACAAGAGCUGAGUAUAGGAAGUUCAAAUGGUAGCAAUGGGUACUAUUCCUACUUUAAAUGAGUCCCCUGUCCCACAUAAAAAAUAAGUGAUUAAAAAAAAAAAAAUUUAAAAAAAGUGCAAAACUGUUUCUAAAAACACACAAAAAAUAGUGCAAAGUGCAUUUACAAUAGUUCUAUCAGUAGGUUUGUUUUCUGCAUUUUGUUUCAUUUUAACUUUUUAUUUGUAACAGUCAUCUUUUCUCCUGUUUCACAUAUCUGUGAAGAAAAUAAGUAUAUAUAAUGAAUGCAUUACUGGUAUAUAUACAUAAUCAUUAUGUAUAUAUGAAUAUAUACUUAUAUUAUCUACACUUGUAUAUGUACGUAAUGCUAAAAAAGUUUAAAAAAAAUAAUAAAAAAGGUGAAAUUCGGUUGACCACUUAGCUACCUGCAUAUUUUCCUUAUUGAAGUUAGUUUUGUUGGUUACGAAGUAUGUUGAAGUUUUUAUCAUUUUGUAUUCCUCAGUUUUGAGUGGACGUUAUGUCUUGAUUUUCAUACUACUGUAGUUGUGGUAACGGACAAAAAGCUAAGUGGUCAACUGACUCAGAAACUACAUGGAACAGUGUAUAGAAGUAGAUAAAUUUUCCUCUAAUCUGUACAUAUAAAGAAAAUAAAAGACUGAAUUGUAUGCCACAGAUAUGUCCUUAAAUUCCUGUAUCAUGCUAGCAUUUGCAUUAUGAAUUAUUUUCUGUUUGUUGGCUUCUGAUCCUUAAUUCUUAGACAUCCUUACCUGGGAGUCAUCUUCAGUGUUUUAGUAGUAAAUGUGAUUAUUUACUGAAAAAUAACAAUACAAAUAGUAAUUGUGCAUCUUACUUUACAAUAAUGUCUCAUCAGCAACAAUAGACCGUGUGAACAUUUCAAAGUAUCAAUAACCAUGUCAUUCCUCCUUUGUUUGUUUUAAGGAUCAGAGAACACCAGACAUAGCUUUCUGUGAUUAUAAGAUUAUCCCAAACACUGCUUGGCUUGUGGCCGAUGCUCAGUAUUUUAUUUUAUUUAGAUUUCUUUCCUUUGUGUCAAGGAAAUCUUCACCGGGGAAAUUGUUUCAGUAACUACUGGGGAUAUGAAAUGUGUUUAUUUCUGGUUGUUUUCUAUCACUAAUGGACAUUGAGCCUCUUAUUUUUAUUUUUUUAAAAGGUUGCAGUACUCUGAAGGUUUGUGAAAGUGAAGAUAGAGUGGUGAGGUCAGAGUGGUGUGUCAUGAUAGGUAAGUUGAAACGGAGGGUGUGAUCAACACUGCCGGUCAGACGUUUUUGAACAUUCUAAGUGUCAGCAUUUUUGGUUAAAUCUGAAGAAUGUUGAAACUAGAUUUAUAGUUAAUAUGCUGAAUGCACAUUGUGUCUUCUUGUUUUAUUGGAAAUAAUCUUAUUGGAUCUUGGCAAACAGCAUACUGUGUAUUAUUCGGAUCAUUCAUGGCGUAUAUGUCUUCAACACACUGUUGCUCUCGCGGAUGUUUUGUAGUCACAGAGUUUCUAGAUUCCUUUUCAUAGUGUAAACCAGACUGCCAAAAGAUCCUUUUCCAUUUUCUCUGUAAAACAGUCUUUUAAUCUCCAAGUCAUAUGAACCCUAUAAUAAACAGUAAUUGCUUAACUCUCUUGUAAGCUAUUUGCUCCCAGUUCCACCUAAACAAAAACGUAUUUCCCUAUCCCUAAUAAUAAUUUAUAAUUUAUAAUAGGCAUGUAAGGUAACAGGCCCCCCAACCCCUUUUAACACUCUGCUUAAGAUUUAACCAAAAAACGAACGUAGUAAAAGUAACUAUAUGAUAAGAUGUUCAAAGACGUAUGACUGUUAAUGUGUCUCUUUUUAGACUGUGCAUAAUAAGAAUGAAUUGGUAAUGUCAUGGAAGUUGUUCCUGGUUCCUUUUUCAGUCUGGUAUGAUUGAUAAAUUAAUAUUAAAGCAGUAGGUGAAUCCCCCUAAUUCCCUUUUAAUUAAAUUUUUUUUCUUAAAACACAUGAUGAACAUAAGACAGGAGCGCUCAUGUUUGAAUUCCAGUGAGCUAGUUGCUUGUUAAUGGUUGACACACAAGGAGGCCACACAGCCACAUGAAUUUCACUGCUAACGUACUGAUGCCCUGAUGAUUUAAGUCCCUUGCAGGUAAAAUAUAAAAAGAUGCUGAGACACUAUAUCUGCCAAGGUUUUUCUUUUUAUGAUAAAAGCAAUACUGGAAACAGUCAUCCAGUGCUCUGUCCAGUUAUAUGUAAUCCCUUAAUUGUUUAAAUACCACUGCCCCAUCUGAAAAACAGUGAAAUUGUAAUAAAAUCACCCUACUCUUUCAUGGCUUUCAUACAGCAGAACGUCACUGUUAAAUCUCUUAAAAUGUCACUUCCUCAGAAAGCUAAUACCCCACGGCUAAUAACUUAGAUGUGUUUUGAACAGUCAGCAGAGAGCUUCAUAAAGCCAUGUUAAAUUUUUGUUCCGUGUUUCAGUUUAAAUCAAAGGUCCAGAUUUUUUGACUUGGCAGAGAACAACACAUACUUGUAAAUAUGCAUUUUCUAGGUAUUUACAAACACGAACUUUGGGAGCACCUCAAUUUUGUAGAAGCUGUUCAAAGAAGAGGUAUGCCCUUUUUAAUUAUGCAAAUUCAAACAAAAAAAGGAUGGUAAUUCUAGAAAUGGACAACAACAGACCAGUUGGCAGUUGCAACAUCUUGUUGUAACUUUUUAGAUUUUUUUUUUUUAAAGAUGGUGUCUGGCUGAUUUGACAAAGAGGAGAAUUUAAGUUGCAGCUGUUUCAAGACAACUUAUUUCACUGUAAAAUACAUCAUUUAAAUAUAUGUUCCUGUUCGGUUUUCUCACCACUUCACAGCUGUACAACAAUCAACAUGAAUUAUUUUUAUUUUAUAAUUUUUUUUAAUGUGAAGACUUUUCUUUUCAUGCAUGUUGAGAUGACCUGGCUGAUUUUUAAUCCCUGUUUUUAUCAGUUUGUGUUGAUUUGUGGAUUUUAAAAAAAAGAGGAAAAAAGCUUUUGUUUAACCUACAAAGUCAAAUUUUGGUAUAUUAUUUGAUGUGUACAAUAACUUGUGACAUUAUCAACAAAAAUAUUAUAAUAUUUUACUAACGUCAAUCAAAUAUGUAAUGGUCAUGUAAGUUCUUUUUUUGCAGUUUCUUAGCAGGGCUAAAGCUGAGGUUGCUCCCUUCUGUGUGUCAUAUAUACGAACCUUCAGUUUGUUUGGGGAAUCAUUUUUCCAUAAAGCGGUCGUUGGCUAAUCUCUGAAGUUGUGCAAUACUAAUAUUUCACCGCUUCUUAAACUACACUUUUAUUUAUUUUUGAGGCAGAAGAGAUUGAGCCAAAGACAUCUUAAAGGGAAUUUAUUUACAAAUCUUCAUCAUUGCUUUUUAUUAUUUUAUUUUUUAGGCUUAAAUUUUUGUCUUGUUGAAUCUUUGUUUCCAAAAUCAGUUUCUCUAUAUCUUUGCUAUGAAACUAAACUCUUAUAAUGAAGUUGGAUUUGAAAUAUUUUCACCACCAAAUAUUGCACCACUGUGUGUGUGUGUGUGUGUGUGUGUGUGUACACGGAAAGGGAGCAACCUCUUGCCCAGCCAGUAGAGAGCACUGUGUUCAGCCUUCUAUAAAACGCCACAUCUCUUCCUGUUGUUUGUUUGCUCUCCUCUGUUCUUCCCUCGCUGCAGUGAAUCAAUGGCACACCUGUUCUCCCAGCUCCCCAGUCCCAUUGGUUCCUCCCUCGUGGGUACAAAAUAAUGAAUAGAUCUGUUUUACUCUUCUUCAUUUCAAUUGGUGGUGGUUAUAAUAAAGGAUUUAGACUGUGUUUUAAAGGUUUAUUUUCUUUUUUAUUUGUUUCUCUAUUAAAGUGUUUUUAUUGAAA